CAUUUCAGUCUUUUGACGGCGUUGCGCAAAUAAUAAUUUUUAACUCUCACUCAUUGCGGCUGCCAUGUUUUUUUUCAUGUGGGGUGUGUGUGUAUAGAUUUAUCAUGAUAUUUUCCACACAUAAACUAUUGCGGAAAUAAAGGGGUGCACGAAGUGCGUCAUUCGUCGUAAGCUAGUGACAAUGCAAUUGCAUACAAUCAACUAAACUUGAAGAACGCCGCCUUUUACACGACUGGAAAUUAGCAAAGAAUAGGCCAAAGAAAUUGAGAAUGUAUUAUUAGGAAAGACGCAUCCCGAAGGAUCGAUAAAACACACGGCCCACGGCAAAUGAAAAUGGAUACACGAUUUACGAAUAAGAUGUUUGAUAACGUUAGAGACUAUAGCAGGCAGGAUGCGUAAACAUAAAAGAGGGAGCCAGGCGUACGCCUGCUGGCCUGCCACCUCAAGAGAGCCGCACCAAACUCCGCAUUUCAUCAUCUGAUACAAAAACGAUAGUGGAUAUGCAGUGCUCAGUUAUUCUGGAAAGUGACCACAACAGUGGGAAAGUUAAAAUGAAGAAUAUAGACAAUCUUAAGAACCCUUAUGUAAAGGAGACUAAUCUAGACAACAUUGUUGAUCAGCUGUGCACACGACUUCAAGACAUCAAGGAUAAAGAGGAUACGGCACUAGUCGGAAUGCCCACGUGUUCUCCAGAACAAAGUGAAGCAGUACGUCGAUAUUACGCUGCUUUUCCAGCCCUGAAAAAAGGGCAGGAGUCCCCACUGCAAUACUAUUUGCCUCCCCCAGCGUGGUGUCGAAAACCUACUGCUGAUACGAAAGUCAAAAUGCAAAGUGAAGUCUCAAUGUCUAAAGAUUGGAAUACAAGAAAAAAAGAACGGCGCAACUCCUACCACGGUCAGAAGAAAAAUAAAAAACGUUGGAACAGCUACAGCAAGUCAUUUGAGAGCAAGGAAAGUCUUCCGGAAUGGGUGACACAUGAAGGGGUAUGGGACAUGGAAACUCAGGAUCCUGUUAAAGAAUUUAUAAGAGCUAUCGCUUUGGAUGAGGGCUAUGGUACCUGUGAAAACACCGUCACCGACGAAUUGAAAGACGUUUCAGCGAUCAAACUGCGAAUGAAAGAAAACAUGGUGCCAGACUGGGAUGACACCUUCGACUUGGAAACCGGGUGGGUUCUAUCAGAAGAUUUGAACCCCAGAGUCCGUUCACCAAUGGAUGCAGAGUUGUAUGCAAAGUUUGAGGCGAAAUUUGAUCGGAGUAUUGAAGCGCUGUGGUCAAAAGACCAGAAUACACCGGACGAUGAAUACCAAGAUCUGCCAAUCGAUUUCCAGGAUUUACUCUCAUCUCCCUCCGAUCAUCUCUUCGCCGACCCUUCAGCCGAGAAGUGUAGUCUGAUCUCUCUGACGGAGAGUAUCUGGUCGACGGAUGCUACCGAAAACCCAUUCGACCGCGCCAACUCGCCCACCAAGAUCGCCGACGCGCUCCACGAUCGCUUCAAGCCGCUGAACCUGAGCGACCCCAUCGAGCCGGCGGCGCCGCCCGAGCUGGACUCCUUCACUCUGUACGAGAGCGAGGAGUUGUACGACGCGCUAUCGACCGUCGCUCAAACGAUGCGCUCGUUCACUGCGAUCAACCAUAGCCGGGAGCACAGCGGGUUCGUGGAAAUACCGCCGCGGAGGCGCAGCCGAGAUGCGAGAGUUCCCAUUGCACCGCCGCAAGUCGAAGAGCGACCUCGAUCGCCGUUCCCGGAUUGCGAGGACCUCCUGACGUCGUCUCGCACGCACUUCCGGCCGAUCAGGCGCGAGGCCGAGUCCGACGUGACGCGCUACGCCGACGGGGACACGUUCGACAUCCGCGGCGACCUCGAUACCGUCGAGGUGCGGCGCAGCGACUCCGGCGGACUCUACAUCGGCGGCUCCUACGACCGCUAUCUCGAGUACCGCUCCAGGAGCAUCGACUACGGCCGGCUGAACCUGACGGCGGCGCAGCGGUGCCCCGACUUCGACGACGCCGGCUUCAGGUUGCGGUUUCCGAUGCGGCAGAACGACGCGGCCGUGCAGACGGAGCGGCCCGACUGGGCGUGCGAGGAGUGCGGCCGCGCCGCCAAGAAGAUGCGCGGCGCCAUGCACAGCAUCUGGAGCGAGGGCAGCGCCUGCGAGUGCGAGUACACCGUGCGCACCGCGCCCUCGGCCGCGCCCUCCGCCGCGCCGCGUCGCGACGACCUCAGCCGCGAGUGGGAGGAGCUGCUGGCCGACAUCAGCGCGGCGCACGCGCAGUACGCGAGCGGCGCGGAGGCCGGGGCGGGCGGCGGGGGCGGGGGCGGCGAGCCGGGGGAGGAGGCGCUGGUGAGCGCGGACCGCAAGCGACGGCACAGUGCGGCGCUGCGCGGCCCCGGUCUCGCGGCCUGCACGCACCCGCACGCGCGCUUCCUGCACUGCUGCGCCGCCGCGCUCGACCGCCCGCUCACACGCUGA